AUGGACAUCGAUCCUCCAAGUCAAAUCAAAGACAAAGACCUUUUCAAGGCAGCAGAGACAGGCGAUUCUUCCACAUUCAAAUCCCUUCCACCAGAACUCCUCUCCAAAGCCCUCUCUCUCCAAAACGAGGACGGCCGCUCUCUCCUCCACGUCGCCGCCUCUUUUGGACACGCCGAGGUGGUGAAAAUACUGUCAGAUAUUGAUGAAUCAAGCAGCGUAGUAAAUGGCAAAGACGAGGAAGGUUGGGCCCCACUUCACUCUGCUGCUAGCAUUGGAAAUGUUGAAAUUGUUGAAAUUCUGUUAAGCAAAGGAGCUGAUGUUAAUGUGAAAAAUGACGGUGGCCGCGCUGCUCUUCACUAUGCUGCUAGCAAGGGAUGGUUGAAUAUUGCUGAACUUUUGAUGUCGAGUGGUGCAAAGAUUAAUAUCAAAGACAAGGUUGGUUGUACUCCAUUGCAUCGAGCAGCGAGUGUGGGAAACUUGGAGUUGUGUGAACUCUUAAUUGAGGAAGGAGCAGAGGUUGAUGCUGUUGAUAAAGCUGGUCAAACUCCUCUCAUGUAUGCAGUGAUUUCCUAUAACAAAUCGGUCGCUCUCCUUCUAAUUCGACAUGGAGCAGACGUAGAUGUGGAAGACAAGGAAGGAUACACUGUGCUUGGUCGAGCUUCAGAAGACUUUAGACCAAUUCUGAUUGAUGCUGCUAAGACUAUGCAUGAAGGAUGA